AUGAAGAGCUUGGUUCGAAGCUUGUCGAAGAGCAAUGUCGGUGCGGGGUUGCUCGCGGGCUUCUUCUUGGUCUUGCUCACCUACUUCACCAUGUCAGAGCAGUUUGUGAUCCGCGCUCCGAAUUGUUUUUUGCAACCAUCGACGGAACAGGAAGUUGUAUCAACUCCAUCUGCAAAGGAUGUAGAGCAAGGCGGAGGCAACGAAAAAUCCAACCAAUCGAUAGAGCUGAAGCCGGUCUGCAACACAACAAAUCGAAGAUGCGACGUCUGUGACAUGACGGGCGACGCUCGAAUCCUUGGCAGCAACUCGACGGUCUUAUAUGUCCCUCCCCCCGAAAUCAUCAAUCCUAAACCUCAAGAGUGGAAGAUCCGAGUACAAUCUCGCAAGCACCUUCCAUGGAUCAAAUCUGUGACAAUAAAAUCGUUACGCGGCCCAUUCGAAGCCCCUCCCUGUACGGUCCGGCACAAUGUCCCCGCGGUCGUCUUCGCACUCGGUGGGCUUAUUGGGAACACGUGGCACGACUUUAGUGACGUGAUCGUCCCCCUCUACCUCACCUCCCGUCGGUUUGACGGCGAGGUUCAAUUCAUCAUAACCGACCUCAAACCUUGGUGGGUCGAAAAGUAUAAUGUGAUACUCAAGAAGCUCUCGAGGUAUGAAAUUAUUGAUUUUGAUAGCGACAAGGAGAUCCGUUGCUACCCGCGUGCCCUAGUUGGCCUUUGGAGCCAUCGCGAUUUCGGGAUCUUACCUGGUUCCCCUCCAGAAGGGUACACAAUGCUCGACUUCCGGUUGUUCAUUCGAGAAGCUUACUCGCUUCCAAAAGACGUACCGAUAAGUUAUCGAGAUAGGCCAGAGAAGAAACCACGACUAAUGCUCAUAAAUAGGUGGCAAAGAAGGAGGUGGAUGAAUGUGGAUGAGGUCGCAAAAUCGGUCGAGGAGUUAGGCUUUGAGGUGGUGGUCGUCGAGCCGAAGAUGGACGUAAACUUGACGGAAUUCGCAAAGGUGGUGGACUCGUGCGACGGGCUGAUGGGGGUGCACGGCGCAGGGCUAACAAACAUCAUUUUCCUCAGAACGAACGCCACCCUGAUCCAAGUGGUGCCCUACGGGAAACUGGAGUCCAUGGUCGAGGGAUUCAUCGGUUGGGCCGCGAGGGAAAUGAAGUUGAGAUAUUUCGAGUACACGAUUAGCGUGGAGGAGAGCUCAUUGUUGGAGAAAUAUGGGAGAGAUGACCCUGUGAUUCAAGAUCCUGAUGUAGUUCACAUGGCUGGGUGGCGAGCAGUGGGGCAGAUCUACAUGCACGACCAAGAUGUGAAGCUAAAUGUCACGAGAUUUGCUCCUACACUAUUGAAGGCUCUGGAGCUUCUUCGCCAAUAG